CAUGGAGGAUGAAGCUGCCAAUGGCUGCGGCCAGAAGCGAGAUCGCGACGAGAACGCCAGCGUUGGAAGUGGCUCCUCCACAGCCCCUCACGCCGGCAGAGAAGGCCAGGAACCCGAGUCCGAAGAUGAAGGUGGAAGUGAAAUGGCGAGAAGGUCGAGAGGAAGACCUCCAGGUUCCAAAAACAAGCCCAAACCACCCAUUAUCAUCACAAGAGACAGUGCCAACGCUUUCCGAUCCCAUGUUAUGGAAAUCGCCAACGGCUGCGACAUCAUGGAGAGCAUGGUUGUAGGUGGACAGGGACAGGUAGUAGGUGGAAGCGUGGUUGUGGCUUCGGAUCCUGUUGUUAUCAUGGCUGCUUCAUUUGGUAAUGUUGCUUAUGAGAGACUACCCUUAGAGGAAGAGGAAGCUCUGGUACCGGUUCCGGGCACCGGAGGAUUAGGGUCACCGAGAAUUGCAGGGACACAGCAACAAUCACAAUCGCUUGUGGGAGAUCCUAACAGUUCUUCUCUCUUCCAUGGAGUUCCGCAAAAUCUUCUCAAUUUGGUUCAAUUACCUGCUAAGGGUUAUUGGGGUGGCACUGCUCGCCCCCCUUUUUAACAAAAAUGUUUCACUUUCAUGGGGUUUUUGAUUAUCUUUGUUUUCUUCUUUUAUUUUUGUUCAUGUCUCUCUUCUUUUUUUCAAUUUCGACACUCUCUUUAUCAUCUUCACUGUUCAUUCUCCUUCUUGCUUAAUUAUAACUUAGUUUAAUUACUGUUAAUUAAAGCCUUUGAUCGGUGUUUUUGAGUUGCAGAAAGAAUGUAUAAAUUCAUGAAUUUUCGGUGGAGUUUCCCCUAAUUUGAUUAAGUAAAAUCCCAAAAUUUCUGUCUGUUUAAAACUAUGCUCUUUUUCAAUUUAAAAAAUUAAUUAUCCACGUAAUUUGUGCCCUCACU